AUUUUUUUUUGGAUAGUUCACCAUCAGUUCUUAAACUUUUUCAUAUGUUACUAACAAAGUAUUCAUUGCAAGUAUUUUUGUAGUAGAUUUUAUAAAUUCAAAUCAAUUAAACGAAUACUGUAAUUAAACAAAAUGUCUGACGACGAAAAUCCAUGGGAUCUUGGGGAUGAUACAGCAGCAACGGAAGAAACAGAAGCUGAAACAACUGAUGUUCCUGCUACUGGCGCAGCUGCUAAAAAAGAAGAAAAAGUAAAGUUGGAUUAUUCUACAUUAGUUAAAGCACCAAAGCCCAAAUACACACUCCAUUGGGUUCGACCGUUAUUUCUAAACUAUCGUUAUCUGUAUGAAUAUAGACAGAUUUACUACAAUGAUGUGAUUGACUGGAUGAACAAAAGAAAUCGAGGUAUAUGGCGAGAAUUACCAAAUGCUGAGGAAUGGUCUGAGAGAAUGUUUCGAAACUACGAUAUCAAAAACACAAAUAGAAGUUAUAAGCGAUCAGCUGAUAUGCGAUGGAUUACUGGAUACAGGAGUGAACCGAGAUAUUAUAGUUACCAUACUCGAGCCUAUUACAGUCUCAAAUACCAACCGAUACUUUGAAAUUUAUACUGACUUG